AUGGCGGACGACAAGCCCAUGGAGAUGGGUUCGAGGACAAAGGUUUCCAAGCCCAGCGUCCAUGAGGCUAUUUCAGACAACACAAAUGACCAGAUUUACGAUAGCGGGCGUAACGUCCUGGAGAGAUAUCUCGGCCUGAAGCCCAUGGUUUCCUUUGGCUUGACCCUGCAGGCGUCUUGGGAAGCAAUUGCUAUCACAUUUCAGGCCGCACUGUUAAAUGGAGGGCCAGUAUCUUUGGUCUACGGAAUGAUUCUUUCCGCUGUGGGUUCGGCCGCACUUGCUGCAUCAUUGGGAGAGAUGGCGUCCAUAGAUCCUACUGUUGGAGCGCAAUACCGAUGGACGGCCCUCUACGCUCCGAGAGUAAUGUCUCCAGCAUUUUGGAGCUUGCUCCAAGGAUGGUUGACAGUUUUCGCGUGGAUUGCGUCUUGCGCGCUGACUCCUUUCCUCCUAGGUACGAUGGUCCAGGGUCUUAUCAUCUUCAAUUACCCCGACACUUAUAUAUAUGAGCGUUGGCACGGCACGUUGCUUUCGUGGGCAUUCAUUGUGGUCCCGGUCAUCUGUAAUGUUCAUGGCAGAAGAUUGCUUGCACCACUGGAAAUUAUUGGCGGUGUUUGCCAUUUACUGUUCUUCAUUUGUACAGUAGUGAUACUGGUUGUGCUGGCUACGCGCAGCACUGCGGAGUUCGUCUUUACCACCCAUGUCAAUGAAAUCAGUGGCUGGACGAAUCCCGGUGUGGCUUGGUGUAUUGGUCUGCUAUCUACGACUUUUCCUCUUGUUGGAUUCGAUGGAGUCCUUCACAUGAGCGACGAGGCGAAAGAUGCGCCCAGACGAAUCCCGCUCAGCAUGAUCCUGACCGUUGUCAUAAACGCUGUCUUCGCCUUUGCAUUCAUCAUCUGCCUCCUCUUCACUCUCGGAGACCUGGAAACCGUUUUAGCCUCGCCUACGGGAUACCCCAUUAUCGAAGUCUACUAUCAGGCGACCAAGUCGAAAGCUGGGACAAAUGUUAUGAUGUUAAUGAUAAUCAUCGUGGUUCUUGUUUCAUGUUUCAGCAUCCUGGCCUCAGUGUCCCGCUUGACCUGGGCGUUCGCAAAAGAUCAUGGCCUUCCUUUUGCGGACUUCUUCGCUUAUGUGCAUCCUGGACUGAAGAUCCCACUGAGAUCACUCACCUUAGUCACCAUACUGUCCUGCCUUCUACACCUAAUCAGCAUCGGUUCAACGACAGCUUUCACCGCUAUUCUGUCUCUGACAACGCUCGCUCUGUAUAUCUCUUACCUCGUCCCGAUCUCGCUGAUCCUCUUACGGAAGCUUGAGGGCAGGCAUCCCGCUUACGGUCCAUUUAGGCUCGGUCGCUGGGGAAUCCCUAUCAAUAUUUUCGCCCUCUUGUACGGGAUCUUCAUCGUCAUCUGGCUGCCAUUCCCGCCUGUACUGCCAGUCACUGCGUUGAACAUGAACUAUGCUGGGCCGGUUAUGAUUGCUGUCAUCAUCAUUGCCUUACUUGAUUGGGUCAUUAGCGGUCACAAGCGGUUUUCGGUACCAGUCAUGAAGGAGAAUUUGUAG